AAACAGGGUAUGAAAUGGAAACACUGUAAUAAACAGAGGAUUGAAUUGUAAGUGAAAUCUGAUCCCAAAGGAAGAAUGAACGCGGAAACUGAGCCAAAGGAAUCUGAGUCAGAUUGGGGCGAGUUGACUCGUGAGUUACUGAUCAACAUCCUCUCUCGACUCAGCGUUGAGGAUCGAUGGCGCGGCACCAUGAUGGUCUGCAAGUCAUGGUUCAACGCCUUCAAGGAACCCUCUCUUCACUCUGUUUUCGACCUUGAUCCCCAAUUCGACUCACCCCUCGAGUCAACUCGCUGGUGGACCCCCCAGUUCGAGGCCAAGAUCGAUUCCAUGCUUCAAUCUGUCGUCAAAUGGGCCCAAUCCUCUCUCACCCAGAUACGCAUUCGCCACUGCUCCGAUCGCUCUCUCGCCCUCGUCGCCCAAAGAUGCCCGAAUAUUGAGGUGCUGUCUAUCAGAAGCUGCCCUCGUGUGACUGAUGAUUCUAUGUCUAAGAUAGCUUUGAGUUGUAAGAAGCUAAGGGAAUUGGAUAUCAGCUAUUGUUAUGAGAUAAGCCAUGAGUCAUUGGUGCUGAUUGGAAGAAACUGCCCCAACCUAAAGGUUCUCAAAAGAAAUUUCAUGAAUUGGCUUGAUCCUUCCCAACACCAAGGCAUUGUUCCUAAUGAGUAUCUAAAUGCUUGUCCACAAGAUGGAGAUGAUGAGGCUGUUGCAAUUGCGAAUUCCAUGCCUGAUCUUAAGCAUCUUGAGAUAAGGUUCUCCAAAUUAUCAGCCAAGGGUCUCAAUUCCAUAUCUCAGGGAUGUCCUAACCUUGAGUUCUUGGAUUUGUCUGGGUGUGCUAACCUAACUAGUCGAGACAUUGCAAAUUCUUCUUCUAGUUUGGUGCAGUUGAAAGAAAUUAAGAAGCCAAAUUUCUAUAUCCCCAGGUCUGUCUUCCACACUGAAAGGUAUGGACAUUGGAGUUUAUAUGAUGAGAGGUUUCAAACAGAUAUUUUCCGAAUCUGACAAGUGAGGGGAAGAUUCAUCCAAGAUAUAAACACUCUGAAUCCAUCACUUCAUCUUCUUUCUACUGCUUUGUGAAGAUCUUAGUUGGGUGUCUAAGGUCAUUGUCAAUUUGUCACAGUCAAGUAUAUAUUGUAGAAAUUAUAAUCUAUGUAAUUAUAUGUUGUUUGACUUCCAUGUAUUUGGAAUUAUUUGACUAUAUGUGUUGUCUUGUCUCAGGUUCCCAUAAUGGAUUUACCUGAUAGUAUUCUAAUUGUCUCAGGCUCCCAUAAUGGAUUUACCUGAUAGUAUUCUAAUGUACCAUAAAUUGUCUCAGAAAUUAAUGUUAGUACCCUCACUGUUGCCAAAUA